AUGGAAUUAGAAAAGAAGACCGAUGUUAAAAGCAAAAGGAGAUGCUUCAAUCAGACCUCGCAUCUUUUCUCUUACUCUGAGGAAGCUGAGCACAUGCUCGUCAGAGACGUCAUAGCAGGAGCCAACCACUCUGAUUUUGGCCAGGCACGUUCUGUCAAUGUUUCAGAAUUAAAGUUAUCAGAGGAAAGCUUACCUUAUCUAAGUUCAUCUUUAGAUGCAGAUAUUGAAACGUAUAAUAAAAACAGAAUGAGAAUGUGCUGUGCACAGGUAGAUGAAAGCAAGAAAGAAGCUGCUAUGUUGGGAAGGGCAUGUGACAAUACACACGUUAAUUGUGGUGUGUGUGAUGAUUGCAGACAAAGCCAUUUAGGUGAAGAUUCACAGCUGGAGUAUCUCAGUGCUCAGGAGCAAGAUUUUGAUGAUAGGAAUAGCUCAGGUGAGUUUUCUGAGCAAAGGGAAACUAUAGGAAUUGAAACCUUAAAGCUGAUAGAUCCAGCUCAUGCAGUUCCAGGGGUUGGAGUCGCAAAGGAACAAAGUAUCGUUGGCAUGUCAGAAGAUUGUUCUGCUGCUGGUGGGUAUGGCGUAGGUGACCAAACCUGCCCAGAAGCAGCUAUGCCAGAGGUUCCCCACCUGUCUCCACUGCUUUGCAAUGGCAUGGCUUGUGAUCAUCAGGAAGAGCAGACAGAGUAUCAUAGUGCUGUUUGUGGAACUAUACUUGAAAGUCAUUCUUGUGGGAAUAAAGAAAAGGUCUAUCCAAAUCUGCUAGUAUGUGACAGUUUAGAAAACAGAGAGGUGAAAGACAUCCCACUGAUUGACAGCACACUGCCACCCCAAACAGCUACAAGUGAAGAAGUGUCUGAAAACAAUGCCAGAGGCAUUCACAGCUUCUCAGUGAAGCAAGAAAAUCCCUUGCCAUCACUACGGGAAAGGGCCCCCGCAGUAGCCAUGCAAUUUUGUGAAUGUACAGGGGACUCUGAUUUCUACGGUUGUGAAGAAUCUGACGUGUGCGCGUGUGGUGCCAGCUGCACUGACUGCACUGCGAAGGAUGCUGAAACCCAAUUUCCAAUCUCUGAAACUCCCACUCAGAAGAAUCCCUUUUUUGGGGUGGAAGUUGCAGAUAAAUCUUCCGGGGGAAAUACCAGCUGCAAGAACUCUGAGCGUUGUGAAAACUUGAAAAACGUUACCAGUGACUCUACAGUUAACCAGGCUGUUGAUGCAAGUUCUGAUUUUAGAGCUUGCUUUACAACAAGCAGAAGUACCAGUGCUGAGGUUUGUCUCCUGUCCAGGGCUAUUAAUACAGAGAUAACGAUGAUCAAAUCUCGACCCGUGGGAUGGCAUCGUGAAACCUGUGCAGAUGUUGCUUGCAAUACAGACUGGUCAUGUGGAGCCAGUAGUAUGGAGGAAAUUUGGUCGCAGCUUACUGGCAUGCUGCAAGAACAUGCAGGUGGCAAUAUUGCAACAGCUGAAAGAAGUUCACAAAUUCAGGAAUCAAAAAACGAGCUUUGUAGCAGUGACUUAAAGAAAAGCACGGACAGGCCGGUAUGCCUUGACAAACAAGCUGUGAAGAAUUCUGCAUCAAGCUACUGUCAAAAAAUACUGCAGAGAGCUAUUGAAGCGGAAUUGCAGAUUCUAAACACUCAUUAUCAGAUGUGUUAUCAGCACUGCUUGAAGAUUUACAAACUGGCUUUGGAGGAAAACACGUGUUUUUAUACGUAUUUUAACAGAUGUAAUGGAAAUACUGAAUUAGGUUCAUCUCUCAUGUUGGUUUUGGAAGAGCUAAAAAAGAAUUACAACAGUAUGAGAAUGAAAAUAAAAGUGGGCAUACCUUUAAAUGCACUUCCACCGCUAUCAGUUGAGAUGAAGUUGUUCCCAAUCUCCUCCUCUUAUAUCCCGUGCAAGUUGUUCAGAGAGGAUCUUUGCUAUGAUUCUGUUUCAGAUGCAGGAAAAGCUGACUUCGAAGCAUCAAAACUGCAAGAAAGGAAAAUUUCUGUCAACAUGGACAAUCCACAGACGGUAUGUUUAACUGAUGGCGGUCAGCCAAGUGACUCUGCUUCCUCCAAGACAUUUGAAGAACAACAUAAAGAUCAGGACGUGGAACGUGGCUGUGUGAAAAAUGAAGAAGGGAAUGAAUAUUGGUUUGAUGCUGAGGAGGACUUGACAGUAGCAGAUUUUUCAGUAAUAUCUGAAGAAACAAAAAAGCAACAAGAAAAGCAAGACACAGUUGAUUUAAGAGAAGUGAAGAUAACGGAGAGUGGAAAUGAGAGUUCUUUUAUUCACGUUGGUGGCCUAAGUUCCUCAGUGUCAGAGGGUGAUUUAAGAUCUCAUUUCCAGAAGUAUCAGAUUUCUGACACUCUUACCUCUGUGGAUUCUAGUAACUGCAGAUUUCUAUUUCUUUCCUUUAGAGACACUAAUAAAGCCAAGUUAGCUGUAAAGGAAAUAAACGAGAAAAAAAUAAAAGGAAAACCAGCAAGUGUUAAACGUGUAAAUACUUCAUCAGAGAAUAAAUCUUUGGUUUCCCAAGUACAUACAGAUAAGCUUUGGCAUGAAAUCCAACCUGUUGAUAACAGUCAAAGAAAUGAUCAAGAAAAAACAUUCACUUCAGCCUCCAAUUCCAUGAAAGCACCUGAUGCCACCUGUGCUUCAGAGAAAAUGCAUCUCCUUCCCAUUACUGCUUCAAAAAUUUUUUGCUCUACGCAAGUACCUUCAGAAACAAAGUGCCUUGCUCCAAAAUCAGCUACUGAAGAUUCGGUACAUUAUUUCCUUGGAGUUAAUCAAAAGGAUAUUGGAGAAAAUUUUGUGCAGAAAACAUCUGCUCCUUUCUCCACUAAUUCAUAUGAUGCCUUUAUUUCUCCUAAUACGUUGAACUUGAGCAGCUUUACCAAAUUACUGAAGAACCUUCAAGAAAUUCAUCCAGAGGCUAGCAGAGACAAAAUUGUGGAUGCUUUGCUGGAAGUGAGGAAGAACAACAAAGGUAUCUUAAGUGGUUUGUCCAUCAGUUCUAUUGUGGAGAGGACCUCUGUCGUUCUAAGGAAAUCGACCCCCAGUUGUGGGCUGGAAAAGCAAU